AGAGCUUCGCUGCCUCUUCACCAACCUUCUGCUCUUUUCCUCACAUUACUUUUCGCAAGUUGAUCAGUUUAUAAACGGGGUUGUGUGGGCUUCGCUCUGAAGAAGCGGCACUCAACGCCUUGAAGACUAUUCAUUAAACUGCUGCUUUCUUCUUUGUCUCAGCUGAAGACUUUUCCGCAGAAAAGCAGAGAGAAAAACUGUCCAGAAGGAGAGCACGGAGUUUGCUUUGUUUCUGCUGAUCAAUGGAUCCGGCUUUUGGUGCCGCUGGUGAGCAUGUGCGCCGGCGCUACACCAGCCCGGCUGGAAGGCACGCCGCUGCUGGUGACGGCGGUGGUGCUGCUGCCACCGGUCGCAAGCGUCCGGUCUCGGCGUUCACCCGCCGCCUCUUCAAAGCGACUUUGGUGUUCCUCGCGGUGUUCUUUGGUGUGUGGUGCGUGCGCCAAACAAUGCGCGACGGAGGGUGGUGGGGACUGGCUCCGUCGUCGCAGAAAGGCACUUCUCCCUCUUCUCCCGCCACUCCCCUCGUCUCUUCCUCCCUGCCACCCACUGCAGAACACCUUCACAACAACCCCAAAGCUUCAACACCCACCAGCAUGUCUCGCGCCGCCUCGAACAUCGGCCGCGUGGUGAUCAUCGGCAGCGGGCUCGCUGGACAGUCCGCCGCCAUUCAAGCCGCCCGCGAUGGAGUGCGCGAGGUGGUGAUUCUCGAGAAGGAACCGCGCAUGGGCGGCAACAGCGCCAAGGCCACGUCAGGCAUCAACGGCUGGGGCACCCGAGUUCAGAAGGCCGCCGGCAUUCAGGACAGCGGGGAGUUGUUCGAGAAUGACACCUUCGUCUCCGGGAAGGGCGGGCACUGCCAACCGGCUCUGGUCAAGACCCUCUCCGAUCACAGCGCCGAGGCGGUCGAGUGGCUCUCCGCCUUCGACAUCCCGCUGACGGUGCUCUCGCAGCUCGGUGGCGCCAGCCGCAAGCGCUGCCACCGUACGCCGGACAAGCUAGACGGGACGCCGAUGCCGGUCGGCUUCACAAUUGUGAAGACGCUGGAGAAUUACAUUCGCACGUACCUGUCGGACAAGGUGCGCAUCGAGACGAACACCCGCCUCACCUCUCUCUUGCGGGAGCAGGGCGGCAGCUCGCCAGCGGUGCGCGGCGUCUCCUACGCCCAGAAGAACGAGGCUGGGGAGGAGCGGACGCACGAGCUGCUUGCCGACGCCGUCAUCUUGGCCACCGGCGGCUUCUCCAACGAUCACACCAACAACUCUCUGCUGCAGGAGUACGCGCCGCAGCUCUCGUCCUUCCCGACGACGAACGGCGUGUGGGCCACCGGUGAUGGCGUGAAGGCAGCUCGCGAGCUCGGCGUGGCGCUGAUCGACAUGGACAAGGUGCAGCUCCACCCCACCGGUCUGAUCAACCCGAAGGACCCCAGCGCGAAGACGGUGUUCCUCGGCCCCGAGGCGCUGCGCGGGUCGGGCGGCAUUCUGCUCAACAAGAAGGGUGAGCGCUUUGUGAACGAGCUGGACCUGCGCUCCGUCGUGUCGCAGGCGAUCAUCGCCCAGAACAACGUCUACCCAGGAUCAGAGAACCGCCGCUACGCGUACUGUGUGAUGAACGAGGCUGCGGCAGAUGCCUUCGGCCGCAGCUCGCUCAACUUCUACUGGAAGAAGAUGGGGCUGUUCUCGGAGGCCGCCGACGUCGCCGCGAUGGCGGACCUCAUCGGCUGCUCCGUGGAAACGUUGACGAAUACGCUGAACGAGUAUGAGAAGCUGUCGGCGGACGGGCAGCGCCCGUGCCCGCGGACCGGCAAGAAGGUGUUUCCGAACGUGCUUGGAGCGAAGGGUCCGUUCUACGUGGCCUACGUCACGCCGUCCAUCCAUUACACGAUGGGCGGUUGCCUCAUCUCGGCCUCGGCGGAAAUCCUCAACGAGCAGCUGGUGCCGAUCCGCGGUUUAUACGGCGCGGGCGAGGUGACCGGCGGCGUGCACGGCGGCAACCGCCUCGGCGGCAACUCGCUGCUGGAGUGUGUCGUAUUCGGACGCAUCGCCGGCAGCGCCGUGGCCAAGCACACUGCCGCGCCGACAGCUUGA